UUUAAAGAAGCUAAGUCUCUAACUCAAUAUCAUCUAAUGUCUUUGACAUUGCAAACAUUUUUGUUUUCAAGUUUCAAAAAAUAAAAGUGUUCCUUUAUAGUCAAAAUAAUUUAGAAUAAAAAAUACUUUAAAUUUUUCAGACUGGAUUGGUUAAAAAAGGUAUUGAAGCAUGCUAUUUAAAUAUAAAUACAUCGGAAAAUAAUAUGAGAAAGACCUAUGAAAUAGCUACUGGUGACUUUAUUGCCGAUCCACCUUGGAGUGAUACAGAGGAAAGCGAGACACAAAGUGAAACAAGUGUAUUCACAGAACAAGAUGUCACACUCCAAGCAUUAAGAUAGGGCCAUUACAAAAUUAUUUAUUCCCACCCAGAAACUCUGGUGUCCAACUCAAUCAUUGGGAAACUUUUACGUUCCCCAGAAUAUAAAAAAACAAGUCGGGUGUGUGGUUAUAGAUGAAGUACACAUGGUUGCUGAAUGGGGAGAAGAUUUCAGAAAGGCAUUCAAAAGACUGUCAGAAAUAACAUCACUCUAUACAGAUGCUGCACAUUUGGUAGUCACUGCAACACUAACAAAUUCCGGGAUUACCAGCAUUACCAAUGAUCUGCAGUUAAUUACACCUACAGUUGUUAAAAUGAAUCCAGACAGACAAAACAUAUUUAUUGAAAAAAAAUUAACAUUGCCAAAUUUGAGAAAAUAUGAAAAAUUUGAUGACUUAAUACAACCAAUUUCAGCAGAGCUGAAGCAACUGAAAAGUGAAUUUCCAGUUACUAUUGUUUAUGUAGACAGUUUAGAAUGUCUGUAUUAUUGUUACAAUUUCACUGAAAAAUUUGUUGGUAAAAGUGGUUAUGUCGGAAUAGAACAAACGCCAGAAAAUAGAAUUUUCGCUCAAUAUCAUUCGAAAUAUACUCCAAAAAUGAAAACACUGAUUGUAAAUGAAAUUUGCAAGGACAAUCCUACAUUGAGACUGGUUUUGGCAACAGUUUCUUUGGGAAUGGGGUUGAAUGCUCCUUCAGUAUCCAGAAUUAUUCAUUUUCGACCUUCAACGUCAUUAGAAAGUUAUAGUCAAGAGAUUGGUAGAGCUGGCAGAAAUGGCCAACCAUCACAGGCUAUCAUUUAUUACAAUAAUAAUGACAUUGCGGCUAAUAGGCCAGGUAUAACCAAAGAGAUGAUUCUGUUUUGUAAAGAUGAAACAACAUGUUUGAGAAAACGGUUGUUAGACCAUUUUGGUUCCGAAUACACUUUUAGUGGUGGUCCUUCAUUGUGUUGUAGUAACUGUCGUAAUAGCAUAAUGGAUAAUUCCAACUGAAUAAUCUCACCUGCUCAAUGUCAAAGACUGUUAGUACUUCAUCCAUGAACUUGUCUAAGAUCGUGUCAAACAUCAUUUGCCGACGUUUUUCAUGAAAAAAUUCUACAUACUUUGGUGAUGUGUUUUUAGUCGGAAGAGAAUCAACAUUUUCAAUACCAAAGUACUCUUGAACCAUUUCCGUAAGAUAUGCCUUUCCAACUGUUGAAAUGAAAUCUUCAUGUUGUUUAAAUCUACUUUUAACUUGACCAUUCACAUUACUUCUUUGAAUAAUAACUCUGAGAUGUGCAAGAGUUCCUUUAUCCCUGGAUUUAUUUAUAAUCAGAAAUUUCUUACAGAGUUUCUGAAAUAAAUUAAAAUAUCAUCAUAUAUUAUCUGACGUAUACAUGUAUGUAAACAUUCAUUAUAUUUUUAAAUGUUCAUUACAGCAACCCACAAUAAUUUGUCUUUAUAAAUCAGUUUUUAAGAAAUUGUAACAGAUAAAGCUUUGGUAUUACACUUAAGAAAUUGUAACAGAUAAAGUUUUAGUAUUUACAAUCUUAUUGUAAACAAGCAUUGUUUUGUAUAUUCGUGAAAUAUGGAGAUUUGUAAGAUUCAUUAAGUUUGUAAAUAAUCAAAAUAUCGAUGGCAUAAUUUCAUGCAAAGGUCUGAUGUGGUAAUUUUUUUUUUAAAAUUAAGAAAAUAUUGCUAUAUUUACUUUAAAACUGUUAUCAACUCUCUGUACAUGAAUAAUAUUAUCAAAACCAAACCAACCAAUCAAUAAGAUGUAACUUACGUAACUUACGUAAGUAUACACUAGUACAAGUGUUCAUGUAUGUGCCGAAUCUAUGUAUUGGAUGGUCAAAGCAUUUCUACAAAUAAAAAUAUUUACCUCAAGAAAAUCUUGUAAAGUAUGAAAAAAUUCAAUAACAACUGGUGAUAAAUUUUCACAUCUUUCUAUCCUAGUAUGUGAUCCAGCUAGCAGCAUUUUGGCACCUUCUAAUCUAACUCUAGUUAAUUGGUCACCACCAAUUGGAAUA